AUGUCACAGUUCGACGCUGCUCCUCCCAACACCCAUGCUGGUGGCCAUGAUGACGCUCUUCGUACCAAGGGCGAUGACCCGUUGAACGCACCCCUGCCCUCUAAGUACGAAGUCGCGGAUGAGAGGAUCAAUUUGGAAGAAUAUACUCGGAAUGUACCACUAUGGAAAAGGAUCUGGCAGAAUAGCUUGACGCAGAUGUUUCUGAUCAGUAUCCAAGCGUUUUGUGGUCCUGCCAUGGCUGAUGCUAUCGCUGUUCAAAAUUUUGAACUAAUCUGGUCAGGUCUCGGUGGAGGCGGUCUCGCCACUCCUCAAACCUCGAACAUUGCGACUGCCAUCAACUACACCAUGCUGGCAGUUUGCUGUGCCCUUGGAGGUCCUAUCGUCAACAAGCUUGGCACAAAAUGGGCUCUCGUAAUCGGUGCUUGUUCGUUUCCCAUUCGAGGCUCGUCGUACUACUGCAACUCCAAGUUUGGUAAUCAGUGGUAUCUUAUCCUAGGCGGCUUCUUUACUGGUAUCGGUAGCGGCACCUGGUACGUGGCAGAGUCAGGAACCAUCAUGUCACUUGCUCCAGUGGGCUCUCGCGGCAAAUACUUGGCUCUUUGGAUUGUGGCACGUAACUUGGGACAAUUGGUGGGUGGGGCAAUCAAUCUCGCAAAGAAUCAUGAGAAAGGUGCCGUCGGAGGUGUGUCGCCGGAUACGUAUAUCGCCUUUCUUAUCAUUGAGUGUAUGGCCCUACCAUUCGCUUUCCUCAUCUCGCCCCUCGAGAGGGUGGUCCGUUCAGACGGAACACGCAUUCUCUUCUCGGAGAAGAUAAGCACUCUGAAAGAGUUCAAACUGAUCAAAGUCACAAUGACUUCGAAACUUAUACUUCUCUCGGCUUUAUGGGCAAUCUGGUCCUUCUUCUACAGCGGUACCUGGUCAACCUACCUUGCCACAUACUUUAGUGUCCGCACCCGUGCCCUCUCAUCUCUUAUAUCGCCAUUCUUCUGCAUCGUCGGCUGCUUCGGUCUGGGAUUCAUUCUCGAUUUAAAGGGCGUUACCCAGCGCCGUCGCGCUCAGAUAGGCCUGCUGACCGUCGUUAUCCUCAAUCUUGGUGUUUACAUCUGGUCAAUUGUCAUCCAAGCCGGGUUCGACCGUGAAAACCCUGGCAAGAUUGACUGGGAUGAGAUGCGAUACGCGCGAACAUUUCUUCCCUACUUCUUCGUUCAGACCACAGGCCCAUUGUCCCAGUCCUAUAUGUACUGGCUGCUCUCCUCGUUUGCGACCGAUGCCCAAGCAAACGUUCGCAACGGUGCUGCGUUCCGUUGUCUUGAAGCCAUUGGCCAGGCCAUUUCCUACGGAAUGAACACCCAAAUCAAGACGUCACCCAUGAUUGGCUUCUGCGUCACGUUUGGUCUAAUGGCGCUGGCAUUCGUGCCAAUGCUUGUUCUGGUCAACCAAACACCAGAUCGCAUCCCUGCAGAUGUAAUAGCUGAGGAGCAGGAGCAGCAAAACAAAAAGAUCGAUGUCAAAGUUGAAACGAAGGUGUGA